AGGAAAAGUAUUCCGUGAGCUAGGGUCGUAUUUAUUUCUCUGCUCCGACUGAGUAACCAAUUGACCUAUACGCGGGUGUCGUGCCGACCGUGGAGCUCAAAAAUUGCACAACGUUCGCGUGUGUAUCACGUGCUGAGUAGUGUGUGAAUGAUAAACCAAAGAAAUUUGCAUUUUGUUUCAGUUCACUGAACUAAGUGUCUACAGGAAUAAGGGGUUAAAGAACAUUCUAGCGGUCGCAGAAGGUGCAGUUUAAAUUGAACUAUGCCUAAGAACUGUUCUUUUGUUGUUUCUUAAAUGAAAUCGACUGAAUAUGGUUCAAUCGCACGAUACGCACAAUUUAGAUACUAGCAAAAGUGUAGGCCUGGUGAACAACAUCAAAUCACUGUUCGGUAAGAAUAAAAAACAUCCUCCGGCUAGCACACGUAAUAUUCCUUACACCAAGGCACCGAUUGCCGAUCCUGAAGCAAGUGAACCGACAUCAUUAGUAAGUUUCACUGAAGAAAACAAUAAUAUUAAUAAUGGAGGUGGAAGCCGUCCACCUGACGCGAUAUCGAUUCCGCCCGAUGCGAAUCGUUACGAGAUUAGAAAGGUGCCCAAAAGAAAACCGUUGAAAGCGACUACUCCAGUCCAGGGUGGAAAACUGGUGCGUAGAAAGUCUUUCGGUCGGCGAAUCAAUAACCUGUGGAACAAUUUUGGUUUGUUGAGAAGUUCUGAAAGGAUUGCAGAGUUUUCCAGUGGUUAUGCUGCUUUUCAACAUGUUCGAGAUAAUCUUGAAGAGCUCGAUGGUAAAACGGAAGCCAACGAAACUGACUUGGUUUUUCUGCAGGGAAUCUUAGAGAAUCCUGCGGUUACACAAGUGAUUAAGAUACAAGAUAAACUAGAGGAGGCGUCGCCACCGUUGAUACCGAUUCGGCUGAACAACAUUUCACUGGUACGGGAAGUGAUCGAUCGAUGCAGCCUUUCGCGGAAUCCCCAUGCUCGUGAACUAGCCCGAAUAUUCCGAUAUCCGCACUUCCGGGCGCUCGUCGAAUCGCACGACGAAAUUGGCGAACUCAUUGUCGAGAAGCUAAAACACCACACCAACGGUAGCAGUAGUAGUAGCAAACAUAUACCGGGUUCUCCUGGCAGUAGCAACAACUCCGAGAUCGAUAGUUCAUUGGUAACCGCAGUAAACACGGCCGGAAACGGGAUGCCCGGUGAAACGAUCAAAAUGGUCGGGAUCCGGAGAAAUCCGAAUGAACCGCUCGGUUUGACCGUUGAGGUCGAUGAGCACGACCAGCUGGUGGUCGCUCGAAUCAUUGCCGGUGGAAUGAUCGAUCGGCAGGGCUUGCUGCAUGCAGGUGAUGUGAUACUGGAAGUGAACGGAGUGUCGGUGACCACGCCCGAGGAGCUACAGACUGAAAUCUCCCGGGCGAAGGAAUCCGUCACGUUGAAGAUCGGACCGAGCUUAGAGGAGGAGAUGAAAUCCGCCCGCAUCACUAUGAGCGGUGGACAGGUAAAGAAUGGGAAAAAUUUAGAGCCGGGGAAGAAACUGACGUGCUACAUGCGAGCGCUGUUCGAUUACAACCCGGCCGAGGAUAAUCUGCUGCCAUGUCAGGACAUCGGUUUACCAUUCCAACGUAGUGACAUUCUACAAAUUAUCAACGUGAAAGAUCCAAACUGGUGGCAGGCACGGCAUGCUGGUGAGGACGGCCCUAUCGGAUUGAUUCCCUCCCAGGAGCUGGAAGAACGACGCCAGGCUUAUGUUGCACCAGAAGCCGACUACGUGCACAAAAUUAGUAUUUGCGGUACAAAGAUUUCCAAAAAGAAGCGCAAAACAAUGUACAAAACGAAACAGAACAGCGAAUUUGACAAGGCGGAUCUGAUGCUUUACGAGGAAGUUACCAAAAUGCCACCAUUCAAGCGGAAAACGUUGGUUUUAAUCGGGGUGGCAGGUGUCGGCCGACGAACGCUCAAGAAUCGGUUGAUUAACAGCGAUCCAGAUAAGUUUGGUUCCGUCCUACCACAUACAUCACGACAGCCAAGACCACUGGAAGAAAGUGGAAAGGCCUAUUGGUUCACCGAUCGUGAAACAAUGGAGCAGGAGAUUAAGGAGAACCGCUUCUUGGAGCAUGGCGAGCACAAUGGCAAUCUGUACGGGACACAUUUGGAUUCGAUUCGAGAUGUCAUACGACAAGGUAAAAUGUGCGUCCUGGAUUGUGCACCGAGUGCACUGAAGAUUUUGCAUAACAGUGCCGAGUUUAUGCCUUAUGUCAUUUUUAUCGCCGCUCCCGGAAUGGAACAGCUUAAGCAACUUUACUCGGAACGUAGAUCCGCACAGGGAUCGAUGAAGAGUUUACAGUUCGAUCGGCAAAGCUCCAUCCGAUUCAGCUCCCGCCGCGCCAAAACACUGGAAUCACUGGCAUCACUGUACGAGGACGACGAUCUCAUCUCUGCUUGCGAGGAAAGUGCCUUAUUGCAGCGGAAAUACGACAAAUAUCUGGACGCGGUCAUCGUCAAUGAAGACUUCGAUGUCACAUUCCGGGCCGUGACGGACGCGUUGGAGGCCCUCAGCCACGAGCACCAGUGGGUACCGGUCAACUGGAUCUACUAAUUUGGAUUUUAAUGAAAGUACCCGCGAAGAUACCCAACAUAUGGUAGACGCAGCAAAACAUGUGUUCAAAUCUUAGAAUUGAGAGCCAUACGUGCAUGCAUUCAGAGCCUAGGGAAUACUGAAUUCCGGCCUUUACCAGUACCACAUUAUAUUUCCAUAUCGUCCAACCAAUUUAUUGCAUAUAUAAAUACAUACAUACAUCAAAUGAGUCACUUAUGAAUAUAGAAAAGAAACGAUGAAACAUCAGCUUCGCAACCUCCAUGUCGUACUAUCAAAUUAAUUCGUAAUUAGUCGUCAUCUAGCAGAAAAUGCCUCCAAUAUCAAUUAAAGUAUCUAGUAUUUAUAAAGAAAGAUCAUGAUGUCAGAAGAAGGUAAUCGUUUCGUCCAUUAGGUUUAGUUCUACGUAGAAUGGUAUUUUUUUUCAACCAGGGUAAGACCCCGCACGACUAGUAAGAUAGAUUAAACUGUUUAAUGUCGAAUCUCACGUAAAAAAAAACACGAAUACAAACUCCAUCAAGAAACUGCCGUUGGCAGAACUAUUAUAAUCAGUGAGUGUUGCGUACGAGAAAUUGUUUUAAAACUGUUGAGUAUCGUUUCAUAAAAUUUUUAAUCGAAAAGCAAAAUAAAAAUCAAUUCAUAAUUCGA